GUGGACCUGUUGGCGAUAGUUUCCAGAGCCGUGGGAGUAAUCUUCAGCCAUUUUACCAUAUAUUCCAUUUUGUCAUUUGGACAUUUCGUCAAUAGUGUCAAAUCAAAUUAAGAAACUAGUCUACAGAGUGUAUAGGGUAAUCCGGAAAUACCCGCUGGAAUAAGGGAACAUGAGUCAGACUGUACGAGAGAAGAAUAAAAACAUGAAAGAUCCUGAAGAUGGGGAUAAUGUAGAAAAAUACAGUGAUAACAACGAAGAAUUGCCGGUCGAGAACGAUGGUCUUGCCCAGCCUGUUGUAAACAGGGACGAGUUACCCGAAGCGGAUCCACCUCUUCCACAUGCGGUGCUCGUUCAGAAACCACUGCUCCUUUACAACCAGAUCAGUCUACCCCUACCGACACUCUCACCCUUAUACUUAACCAAUUAUCAACUAUGGCCAGUGACAUAA